AUGGCACUCAAUGAACGUUUCCACACCCCACUUCCUCGCAGGAAUUUCAAGCCGAUUUACAUCCUACUCUUCGUACUCUUCUUCAGUGCGAUCUCGGUCCGGACUCAAUCCACUCUCACCGAUGGCAGCGAGGACCCACUCCCAACAACUGAAAACACCCAGCCCAGCACGUCCUCCUCCCCGAGCUUCAAGGACUCGCCUCUAACAGGCUCGACGACGACUACCACCCCGACAAGCCCAUCGAGUCAGCCGUCUAGCCCAAGGAACCCCACUGAAAACGAUGACAAUAGCCAAGCCGGCUCGAAUUCAGAUAAUCCACCCGAUCUGGCCGGAACUCAAACUACUGCCUCUGCUCUCCCCUCCAAUAACAGCAACUCUUCUUCAACAAGCUCAACAGCACCCCGUAACUCCCAGUCAAUUUCAUCCUCAAAAGAGAAAUCCGGGGACAAGGGCGGUCUUUCAGGCGGGGCCGUAACCGGAAUUAUAUUUGGAGCAAUUGUAGGAGGAGUAGCACUAUUAGCGGCGAUGAUCAUGUACAUCAGGAAGCUAGAGCGGUCAAUCGCGAAAGACAAGCGAGAGGUUCGGGAGAAGCAAGCCCGAAGGUACAACCAGCUCGACCACAAUUCUCAUACAGCUUAUAUCCCUGGAAACCAACCCCAGCCUUAUGAAAUGUGA